AUGUUCCUGAACGUUCCUCCCACCUGCCCGACAGAGGUGUUCCAUUAUUACAAAGACCUUCCCCGCCCGUUACCAAAGUGCCGUAAUCGGCUGGAUAAUGAGUUUUUUCAGCUCUUUCAGCAGCAGUUUUCGUCAAGGGGAUCUUCACAUUUCAGAAGAUAUGAGGAGAAGGUAAUUCCAAUUCACCUUACCUAAUAAUUAAUUAAUAAUCAUAGAUGUUGGUAGAAACUUCGAUGAAGACUGAAAUUUAUACUCACUGUGUGAACUUAGAGACUCAAAUUAGCGCAUCAUACAUAGAAAUCGCGUAAUGGAGAGCUUCUCUUAUGGUACUCUUAGGACACUAUUGUACAUCAGUGACACACUCAGCUACGCCUCGUAACGUCUUCUGUGAUCUAUUAUUGUACAUACCCACGGCAAUAUGGAAUCUACUUGUUAUAUAUGAUAAAAAAGCAAAGUGUUGCUACGUCAUCUAUGGGUUUGUCCUCCAAUAGAUUAUAAGAAAGAACCAAUCAAAUUGUUUGUGAUACACAGAUUUAGCCAAGCCUAAAAAAUUGGAGCUCCAGUUAGUUUUUUUACUUUAGUUCUUCACUUUAUCAGGACUCCCAUUAGCUGUUGCUACAUGUAUUCCAAUAAGUGUCACAUCAAUGAAGGUUCACUGUGUUUUCUUUCCCUUCAAAUUGUACUCACAUUCGACGAGAAAUACACGGCUCAGUGUAUUAGUGGUGUAAUGUGUCAUACUAUUAUGGAGAGGGUCAACCACAACUGCAGUUCCUCCCUCCCUUCCCAUGGUCUGCAGCAGGAUAUCUUUUCCUAUUUUUCAUAAUUAACUGAUAGGAAAAUCGCAUAAGUUCACACGUGGUUUGAGCGCCGCCUUUCAUGCAUUUGGGGGGAAGAGAACCUUCGGAACAAGAUUUCGUAGCCAAGAUUGUCACUUUCAAAUCACGCGUUUUGUCACGAAGGGGGUAGGGGGAGGGGUGAGUUGGUUUGGGGGUUCUGAAUUCCUACAGUGGAUUCGCCGGUAAGACAUGACGGGUAAUUUUUUCGUGGUCGAGGUAUUGCGGAGGGUUGAGAUCUCACGAGUUGAGAUUUCAAUCCGGGUUAAAAAAGGUAUAGGAGAGGGAAAAACUCUUCUUGUUCCAGUAAAACUCCUAUCCAUUCUUGUGCUAGUGCAGUCAAGUUUACUUUAUCGUACGUAGAAUGCGCUAAUUCGCAGAACUAAUGCUCACGAACUCACGAGGCCGUUAGUUAAUAUUAAAUGUUACAGGGGGAAUUUAUUUUCAUUGCUGCCGCCUUCCGAUUAGCAGAAUAUCCUUUUCAAAUAUAACCCAGGGCGCAAAGACAGUUAUAGCCUUGGAAAACUGGCGAUGGCCAGUUCCUUGCUACUUUAAGCUCUUUUAUUUGAACUAUGUUCCUUGUUCCAAAGUUUGAAAGUUUUAUUAAAAUACACAUCGGGUUCGAGUUACCUUCCACGGGUAUCGUCCCUAAAUAUCAGAACCAGUCACGGUUCUUUUAGCAUCAAAUGAUCAGGAGCAUUGGGGUGAUAUGAGAGCGGAGCUACAAUCUUUCCUCUAUAAUAUGAUGACUAGUGCAUUUGGAGAAGGAAAAGGGAUAAACUUAACUUAAGAAAAUGAAAAAAAAAAUACCAAACCAAAUUUCGUGAAAAAAAAUAUACUCAAUAUGUUUUCACUUUUAUCCCCAGCUUACCUAUAGCUUAUGAACCAUAGAGAUAUGAUUGUAUGCCAUGAUAAUGCGCGACACUUUCAGUGCUACUUGAGUAUAAAACCGCGGACUGAGGCUGUAAUGGACGGCGAAUUUCAUUUCGUAAUGUAGACAGGCGUUUUCCAAUCAGGAAAAAAAAAUUGGCCGAUCGUUUCUCUGGGCCUUACGUAAAACUGAACAUGGUUCCGACAGUUUGGUUUUUACUCUAACAGUACAACCUCAGACGAGAAACUGAAUCAUACGAUUGAGACGUUUGAUAAUAGGAAACGUGUGGGCCAUUUUUUCAGUUUACAAAUUAUCAUUUUCAUUACAACCCAGACACAACACGUCCCCAAGAUAUAAAACUUAAUUAAUAGCCGAGGCAAUAAAACAAUGUGCUGGCCACAUUUCUAAACUUUCAACAAUCGACUGAAAUAUGUUACCAACGGUAAAAUUCUUUGGAUGAAAAAACAAAGCCUUGUGUUUAAUCCAUCUUAAGAAAGAUUAAUGAUGUGUUUCAUUAGUCGUCUGUGGGUGGAAAUGAGAAGUUUCUAAUGAGGUAACGGUUGAAAAGUGGAUCAAAAUUGUGAAGCAUCGAUCAUACCAACAUCUGGAAUGCGACGGUCUCGACAUAAGGUGUUAGAAGGAGUCUCACAAAAACUAAAGAGAGCUUAAACGAGAUGUAAUUCAGCUUGCCUUGAACGAAGAACAAAGAAAAAAAUUCCGAUUCUCCCGUAUCUAAGUAAUCCUUAGCAUGGAUUCAACGCGCCGAUGUUCUGAAGAGGAGAGUGAAAAACAAAAACAUUUGAGUAUCUUUUAAGGAAUCCGAAACCCCAGCUUGUUUUGAUGUCUUCAUUGUCUGCUAAACAAAUUGAGCGACAAAGGAAUUGAUUGCGAGCCAAACGGGCUAAGCUGUACAAAUUUCAAACUCACGGAACUUUUUAUGUGUCAAAUUUAUUCAUACAAAGCCCACGAGUUAUGUUAUUUUAGUCCAUUUCGUUUUUCAAAAGCGUCUUUUUAAAACGUGACUGUUAUCUCAUCGCCAAGCAACUACCUAUUUAUUACCUAAUCGUUUAUUUUUUUUUCUAUUGCACGAGAAACAAUGAAAAUUCACAACGAUGAUCUCAGCCACGGCUGUUGCGGUUUCUGCCAGAUGGUGCAGAGCGUAGUCAUAACGUGGCUCAGGGCGGAGCAAACUCGAGUAACCCUAUUGAUUUCCUCUGUAUCGAGUACUUCAUCAGUUGAAAUAAACUUCUGCUUUCCAUGAAAUUGUUUAUGCUAAGUUUAUUAAUUUUUUUGAAAUAUCGCGUCACUUCCACUUGAUUGAUGUCAAAUUUCGCAUCUCAUUUAAUUUUGCUAAAUCCCAAGCUGAGUGUUGCCGUGCUAAGCGAUGAUCUUUUGCGAUAAUCUGUGUUAAAACUUCCAGGUUCCGUUCGAUGUAGCUGCCUGUUGUUUUUUUAGCCGCUUGUGGCUGUGGGAAAAAAUCGGUUUGCAUAUCGACAUCAUUCUUCACGACCACAGUUACUAAUCUGACAUGAUACAAUGGAUUAUACUGCGUCAAACGCUUGCACAAUUCUAGAGGCAGGCCAUAUAUUUAUAAAUUUAAAGUCGGCUGAAAGGGCUCAGCCUUCUAUUUAUUAAAUGGAUAUGACCAUGGAGAUGACCAUGAAAUAAAAAUUUGCAUCACUUUCUUAUUAAUCUAGAUGUUGUCGCUGUAAUAACUUUUUCGGGGUCUGGUGUUUGACAUUUAACGCUUUAGGGAAUUAGUGAAUAUGGUCAGGGAGGAGAAACUUAUGCAUUCUGUUCUUUAGCACUUAACACAAAGUUUUCGCCCACAAGCGCUUAGGCUCAGUUUUGGUUUCCAAAUCUGUGCCAAAGAUUCAAUUCUUCAGCUUACUGUAGAUUUCUGUUUAAAAUGUUGGUUUUAAAAAUUCAGGAACUCAUGUUAAUCCGCUUGUGGUAGGCAAAGACAAAAGCCAAAGUAACUUAGAUGUUGAUAAUUUGCAAUUUUCGAGGCGUUAUCAACGAUUAUGUCUGUUCCUGCUCAUCUUUGAAGGCAGUAAACGGAAUUGAUCAGAAUUGCUCAUCAAGAUUCACUCCAAGAAAGGGCGUUUGAAUUCAAUUUGGUCGACACUUGACUUUGAGCUAUAGAAACCCUUUUUAGCUUAUAAUGCACAUGACGCCGUAAAACACAGUAAUUGAUCCUUGUUUCUCGGUGCCAAACCGAACAUUCCCCUCCUGAAGUUUCGGCCCUUUUUUCAGCUAAUUCUAGAAAGCAAAUCUACAGUUUUAUCAAACCAUUCAGCGCAAUUCUAGGCUUUAUUUUAAACUUUAUUAUUCGAUUCAAUUCAGACGCUUUCUGACUGUGUUGGUUUUAUGGAUGUCAAGUAGCUUUUUCGUUGUGAUCCUAAUGUGUGAUUCAAAUGUCAUCGUUUUUGAUGAGCUGGCCUGUUUCCUCGGCUCUUGAUGGCAGCAAGCAGUUGCUGAAAAUAAAACAUAAAACCAUACUUAAGUUAUUUAUACCUAGUUGUACAUUUUCGGCUUUCUGCCUGAAAAAAAAAGCCUAUUUCGAUUGGGGCUUGGAAAUUUUUUCUCUGUCGUCGUAAGACGUAAGUGUUUUUUACGCUAAGACUUGAAGUGAAAAGACGGAUGAAAAAAAACCACUGUUUACAGUUAGGGAUAAACAAAUCAGAACUGAAUUUCUCUCUUUUUGCAUGAAUGUAGAGGUAAACAAACAUUCAUACUAGGAAAAGAGGAAUAACACUCAUGGCACUGUUGACAUUUCUUCUGUGCAGAGCAGCGCUUUCACAACUUCAAAAAUUCAAUAAACUAUCAUUCUACAGUCAGUGGUAUUUAUCUCCAUUUAAAUCACCUGCAGUCAGUAUCCUUUGAAUCUGGACAAGACUGAAAAACCAAAAGAAAACUUCCCUCCUCAAAUAUUAAUUACGCUCUGGUUUCCUUGCAUGUUCACUCUUUGACAUUGGUGAGCAUUAUAAACUUUGUCAGGAAAAAAAUCACUUGGCUGGCAUUGGUAGCGCUUGUCAAAGUUCCAGAGGCGUAUCAGCUGUUUUUUUUUGUUCUUUAUAGAGAUCGCUGAUCUAUCGGAAAAUAUUCAAACUUUGCCUUGUUUUGAUGUUGUAAAAUGCACUUUUUGAUCAUAUCAUUUAUAAGGGGCAACACUGCUCCUCUCAGCCAGAGAACUGAUCCACCGAAAAAAAGUUUAAUACUCAGAGGAAACCAGUUUUUCUUUCUCAUUCUUGUAAAACUUUCCUUUGAUACUGACCGGCUAUUAAGACAGAGAAAAUUCAUAUCAAAACCUGUCUUCAAAACUCCAGUUUCCCGAGAAAACGUUAUUAAAGUUAGACUUGUGAUAAUAUUUAUGUAUUUGGGUUUUGGACUUACAGCUUGAAUACCAAAAUCAAUCCGGCAAACUAUUUUCACCUUAAGUUAACAGUAGAAUAUUUACAAGUGUUUCCUACCGAAAACAAAACAAAAAGAAUUUGGAAUUCAUGAGAGUCUAUUUUUGUUUUGAAUUUUUUUCACCGCGUUCUCUAAUUUGAUUGUCCCUCAAAACUUGGCUAAGAAUGUUUCAAACAGGAAAGGCCUCUGUGGACGAUUUACAUUCGACGGUAUUCAAAGACCUUUCUCUUUAAUGUUCAUGUACAGUACGCCCUUUAACGAAGACUAUUUUGAUCUCUAGUGAAAAAUUUUGACCACUACUAAACGAAUGAAAGGGAAACGGUGAAACAGCAGCAGGAGCUAGCUGAUGUUAGCUCGCUUGACAUAAGAAACUCAAAGUUGUCUCAUUUGCCGCUUCAACAGAAAGAGGAAGCUAGAAGUGGUUCACUUAUCUAUCGAACAAAGUAAAAUCUGUUGAUAAGAGUACAAACGAUUUUUUCCCUUCCUUUUUAUAUCUUAUUUUAUUUUUUUGCCCGAAAAAUGUCAUGAGACAUUUUUCAGGCAAAACGACAAAAACGUAAACAAAAAAAUAUUGAAAUUCCUUAAAAUUAUGACUGAAAUAAUACUCUGACAUGUGGGUUUAUUGUUUUCUUUGUCACAUUGCCACAGAAUGAACUUUGAAAAGCAAGGCAUUGAUUCAGCAUUAUCAGAAAAAGACCACCGUGGAGAUUCUUAUAAAUUUUGAUAAAACAAUAAUUUCAACAAUUGUUCUUUCUAAUAGGAACAUUCUGCAUUCUAUGAACGCUUCAAGAAGAGGAGACUGAAUACCUAAUCCGUUAAACGCGCCGCGAUAUUUUGCAACAAAAAACCAUUUUGACGGCUCUGUUCACUGAAGAGGGCUGAGUGCUAUUCAUAUUGAUAGACUGCAGUCUCCGUUACUUUUAAAUUUCUUAUGGUUUGGGGUAUCGUGAUCCUAUUUUUAAAGUAAACUAAAACGAGACUAAGUCGUUCUUGCAAAAAUAAAUAACAUUUGUGUUGGCGUCGUCGCCUCUGCUCUAGGGCUGAGUGAUAUGGGUCAAACGUGAUUUAGGAAGGCGAGAAAUCAAAAUUUUAUCAUGGAAUUAAAGAAAAUAUUGGCGCCUGAGUUUUCUACGUGUAACAGACUGGCGUCCAUGGGUGAUGAAAACAAUCGGGGUGUUGUUCUUGUGCACGUGGUGAACAGCUAAAUACACAUCCACUUGUUUUGUUUUCGAUUUUUUUUUAUCAAGAAACAUGAUCCAAACGUUGUACCUCAACACGACGGAAGUUUUUCAAGUGCUUUUAGCCGAACAGUUGUGGCAAUGUAGAAUCAUCUCUUUGAGACUUGUUUUUUCAAUUUACAAGUACACUUCAAUUUAAUAUGAAAUUUUCUGGGUGUAAAUCCGACACCUCGUGAACUGGCCAUGAAUUUCCUUUGUCGAAAAAGUUUGGCGAAACAUGAAAGCCGUAGAUUUUCAAACAUCUAAACGCUGCCUAAAUAUAUUAGUUUCCUUGAAAUUUUUGCCUUACACGUAAAAACAAAUGAUGUAUAAUGCUUUGAAAUUAAACGAGACACACUCGACCUGCGAAGGUUCACAACAAGGAAACAGAAUCACUGGUCAAACGUAGUUUUUAAUAUAUAAAUUAAUCACACCAACUACUACCAGUGCAUAGCUCUCGGGGAGGUAAAGUGUUUUCGAUAAGAAACCAUUCACUGAAAUAUCUCUUCGCUGUUGUCGGGAGGAUUAAAGCUUGCUAGUCUAAACCACACGCUAACUCAGUGAAAUCCAAAAUCAUAACGAGAAUGAGAUGAUACCAGCCCAGUAUUAGUUGUUCUUUUCAAAAAAUGAUAACUGUUAAAACUCUGAAACGGCUAAAAUAAACCAUUGAUAUUGUUGAGAUGUAGACUAUAUCUGGUCAAUAAUAAUUCACAUGUACACCAACAUUUUACGGAAGUUUGGCAUUUAGACUUUGCUUCGUCUUUUUCAAGUUUUCAUGCCCAAUUUCAGUUGCUUUUCGUGUAGAAACAUGCCCCUUCUUUACUUAUUCGAGGACUUUUUUGAUUGAAUGUUUCCUUAAUCUAACCCUAAAUUCAAGCCCCUCUGUUAUUAACCUUUGAAAACAUCAAAACAUGAAUUUCCUUCUUGUAAGGUGAUCCUUGUGUAAAGCUUGCGUUUUUGUAUUGGAAAUUAAGUUCUACCUGAACUUGUGUGACAAUUUUUGUUUUGCAUGCCCACAAUUAAUCAACAGUUCUUUGAAAAUAAUUCUAGGAAUUCAAACAAAUAGAUCCUAGUCUCAACAAAAAUAAAAUUUUAUGAUCAUUAGCGGGAGACACUCGACUCCCUUGGCCAUGAUUUGUCAAUGGGCCCUUACUCCCAAUUGCGGUUUUCGAGUUCGCUUGAAGGGCUAUCAGCAAAAAGUGUUUACGAGAGUGAAAAUUACCAACAGCUUAAGUAAUAUAUCUUGUUUAAUGCUUGAAAAGAAACAUGUUUUUCUGUAGUCAACAAAAAUACAAAGUUCAAGACUCAUAGAGGGCAAAAAAAAAAAAAAAAUGUUUUGACCAGGUGUGCCAAAUCCCUCCUCGAAAACACAGAAACCAAACCACAUAAAAAUGGGCUUCAUCAGUGAUUGUACAGGAAACGAAUGUAUAGCCGCAGUGAACGAUAUACGUCCGUCUGAAAGCAUUUCCCUCACAAGAGUUCACUCGCGCUCUGAACGGGGAUUCGACAGGACCCAGCAGGGCCUUGAAUCAAGCCACCCAAUCGCCUCUUGAGUCGCGGCAAUUUACCCUUCGUGCGCUACAGCGGAACGGUCACAGCAGCAACAUCUCGAUUGCUAGAGCUGGUAAAGAGAAAGCGGUCAUUGACCCGGUAAACCCUAACAGGCUAAGGAGAUGUCUAUAUCACAUUUUCAAGAUCUUCAGGCGAUGCAAAACCUAGCUCUGUCGCCAGCACAUUACGACGAUAAGGGGGUAGGUGGCUUACUAUAGAUCUUGCCAAGAUGGCAACCACUCGGCAAAGCAAAAUUUGUUUACCUGAUAAGUAUUUGGAUUACAAGAAAAGUUUCACGGACGCGAGAAGCAAUUACUUCGUAAAAAGUUUCACCAUUAACAGUUAUGAUAAUUUUCAGGCAUCAAAGAUCAAGCUUUAAUCGAACAAGACGAUCGAAAUAUUAAUAACAUUUUGGCGUCUCAUGAAAACUUGUCGAUACUUUUUGUGCUCGGGCGGUCGGUCCAUUACACACUUGAGCAUACAAUUUUAAGUACAAUUCUCGAAGUAUCACUUGGUAUUGUGUGAUAACGAUUCUGCCGCGAAAAGUUUCGUGACUUCGCAAGGUUUGUUUUUCAACUUUGAAGGCGACAAAAUGGAGGAAAAAUUAGCGCGUUGAGCCGCGAUAUCCGCCGGAUUACCUCAAGCAAACUAACAACGAAACUAAAGUCGAAAUUGACUUAAAACUUUACAGGUUUACAAUACACAAAGCGAAAACUAAUAAACACUGUAAGCUGACAAAGCAUUCACGGAUGAUUAAUGUUCGAUUGGCUUUCAACUAGUACUGUUCAUCAAAACUCUGAACUUACCUUUAGGCAUUGGAAAGCAGUGAAGGUGGAUUUUUGUAACCUUAAAUCCGAAGUAACAUGAGAACAAACGGCCUUCUGAUUCGCUUCCAAUUCCUAGACCAAACAACCCAUUAUGGUCCAACUGGAAUUCUUAUUUGCCUGAUAUCACAGUUGUUUCUCCGCCAUAUCGGUGCUAUGAUUCAAAGGUGAAAAGCAAACUUCUUUAGCGGCAGUCACCAUUCAUCUCAAUCGUAAAGUCCGGGCCCUCAGGUUAAAAAAAAAUUGUCUCAUAUCUUGGAGUUUUUAGUCGAAAUAAGACGUAGUUUGUGAGAGCCAAAAUUUAAAGAAACAAAAUAGUCGAAAAAACGCGAUUUUAAAGUUACAACAAAUUCUUCUCGUUUGCUUGGUGUUUUUGGUAUGUUAAGUUUGUUUUCGGUCGCCUUUCAUCCGCUUUCUUCAAGCCACUGUUCUGACAGACAGAUGCGGACAUUUUGGACAGCUUUUUCGCUUUCCAUCGCUAUCAAAUAACCAACCUCUUGAAAUAAAGAACGUUCAGACGGCUUAUCCUAGAUACCAAAUAACAUGGGAAUAUUCGGCAUGAGGAGUCAGUUUUACGACUUGUAUGAAGGAAUAGAGCAACUCCGCACUUCAAAAUAAUUAGUCUAUGAUUGCGAAGCUCUGAAGUGUCCCACAUCCUCAGUUUCGUUUUUCCUUCGAGCAAGUUGAUAUUAAGGGGAGAAAGCUUAUCCAUCAACAGUCCGCGAAGCCACUAGCGGAGUCCACAUUGACGAAAGAAGGCUAUUUUGGCCAUAUUUGAUCACUCUAGUGAGUGCUUUCUUGUUUUUUUCUUUCUGUAAACAUCACUGGCGUCAUUUAUUCUGCGUUGUCGUUUUAAACCGCCCUUUGCUUCUUUGCGACGGGACAAAAGGCCGAUUGAACACCCUUCGCAAGGUUCAUCACUCAUUUGCCGGUAAAAAAUCGAAGCUGGCCUGGCCAUUCGGCUCCCUCCUUAAUUGUGCGGUAAAUGUGCGUUGAUCGCUACUCUAGAGAAAUGUCAAAGCUUAUAACUCAGGGCCUUUUCAAAUUUAAGUCAACACAACCGACACACGGCAUAUUAAUAGUCAUGGCGGCAUCGACAGUCGAAUAAAAGAAUAAAACUAUCCUUAAAACUGAAGGAGAAAAGAGAACCGCGUGCUUUUUAUUUACUCAUUUGAAGUCAACUUCUAUAAGAUACGGCACCUUAUAGCAGUCUGACAGCAAGAUAAAUCGAAGGUAACUAGGAAAAGAGUGAACCGAUAAAGGUGACUAGGGAGCAUUUCUAAGCGUGAAGUGUCGACCACGCUUUGAUUACAUCCUGUACGAUUUGCUUUGAAGAAUUUCUCUUCCAACAUAUUUACGCCUUGAAUGGUUUUGGCGCUGGAAAAAGUACAAAAAAAACAUUCACUUGAUGAAAAACAACAACAACAACUAGACGGAAGAUAUCGUUCCUUCGGGAGAAAGGGAAAAAGAUUAAGAUAAAGGUUAUAUAUACACAGCCACCUGCUCGGCAGCGUUAGAAAGCUGAAGUGAGGACAAGGCAACUUUUUACUAAAUCGCUUGGAUUUUAUACCUGUGGGUACAAUCCUUCUUCUAGGUUCUUCGUGGAAAAUCGCGCUAAUUUCGACAUUUAUUUCAUGUCGACAGAUUUAAAAACUAAUUGAAAAUCGCGUUUUGCAAAGUAGUUUCAGAACCAUCUUUUGUUGACAGAAAGCCACCACAUAGAUUAAACAGCCGACAAAAGUGAUUAUCCAAAGCACACCCCUAGAAAACUUUUACUUCGUAUUUUGCGUCAGAGUUAUUUCUUUAAAAGCACAUAAAUAUUUUUGUACACCGUGAAAAAAACCUUGCAUUCAACAAAAGGUGUGGUGUAGAUGACUAUUCAAGGAAUAGGAAAUCUUUUCUUUGGCGAGAGAGCAUUGAAUUGUUGGGCGGGAAGAUUAUUGUUUGGUUAUCCCAAAUUUAAACGAAAAUUUGCGCCUUGAUCUUUGUUCUUGACGUAAAUGACCCAAAAUAACUUGGCACCGCAUAAAGAAUCGCCAAACGAAAAGAGACGACAAAAAGUCGACCAAAAAUUGAAACACGAAUUGUCAUCAUGCCACUCGUCAUUGAGGCUAUUAUGCUCCAAAGAAGAGCAGCCGGGAUAUGUCACGGAUGCAACAUCCACUUCUCCUGCUUACUCUCCUAAGCUGUUUAGCAGCUUUAUUGAUGGAAAAAGUAAAGCCCGUUAAUGGUAUUAAAGUAUGUUCGUAAAGCGUUUUCCGGUUUUUGGAAGGCCAACUAGUUUGACCGCAGUUCUCUGCACCCGACCUGAAGCAUCAACAUAAUCGUCUAGUGCUAAACGCUCCCGGACAGUAGAUUGACAAGUCCAAAGCUUUCUUUAAUAAGCCAAGGUUAACCUUCGCUUUCCCGCCUUUUCAAUCUUGCUGAGAUAAUUAAGAAAAGACAGCGCAAACUGAGCCAUCAGCUGUACUGGGCUGUUUGCGAUGAAUUGUCAAAAUACAACCAGCUGAUUGAAAUGGACUGAAAUGGCGAAGUAUGGCGAACCAUAACUUGGUGAACCAAUUUCUAGGUGAAGCUCGUCACUAUAAACUGAAUCAUUUUAAGAAAUUAUUUCACAAAUAUGAAACUACUUUUUUUAAACGACAAUUUAUUUACACAAUUUGUUUAAUACCACAAGAACGAAUAAAGAGUUUUCUUCAUUUAGUAUAUGAAACUGAAGUCACACAACGAGAAAGCGUCUUAUACCUUAAAUAUGAGAUCAUUUUUUCGGUCGUAUGAUUUCGAUCCUCUUCAAUGCUGUUGAAAAACUGUAUGAAUAUUUUAAGGCGAACCUUCUUUUCAUAACUUUGCAUUUAAACAAAUAGGAUUCAUGUGAAGAAGUCCGGUUCGACGAUUAAAUUUAACAUGCCUCUCUCGUGCGAACCAAUAUGGAGGGCAGAUGUCAACAUGGAGGCCAUGGCACAAAGAUUCAGAAGUACAAUUUGUCAAAUCAACACCAAGAGAUACGUCCAAGUAAAUCAAACUCUAAUUUCAAAAAGGUGUGGAAAACAUUCUACCUAGGAAGGUUUUUUUUUCGUCAUUUUAAAUCCGUGUUGACUGACUCGUGUCCACAAACGGAUGAGCCUCUUAUGUUCGAUAUUGGCUGAGUUUUCAUUCACGGCAAAGUCUUGUCUUAUCUUCGUACCGAGUCAAGAGUAUUUUCACUGUAUUGCACCGAGAAACCACAUCUUAAAAGUCAAACGAAGCUGAUCGAACGUGUGUAGUACAAGAAGGCUCGUUCGAGAGCAAACUUCCCUUUCAGCUUAAAAGUUUGUACAAAUAUCACUAUGGGAAGAAAAGGACUGUCUGAGAAAACUUGCUUCAUCAUCGCCAUUCGAGAUGGAUUUCGUAAGUCUUCUCUACUAAAAGCACUUAAACAUUUUCGAUGGCUCCUGGCUGCUUUUCAUAAAACACAAGUGGUCUAUAUUUGGGCGCGAGAAAAAUCCCUACCUCGAAUGAAAUCUCCUCACUUCACAGCUCGCAAAAAGCCGAAGUGUAAUCCUAAACCGAACCACUGUUUGAGGUUUAUUGAAAGCAUAUGUCGUUCACAACGGUAGUCGUCAGAAGUAUCGAGAGGUCGAUUUCGAAAUAAACUGCAGACGUUAAGAUCAAAACCCAGGCUGAUAAAGUUAACGAAAAGACCCAGCUGGUUCUGACGAGAACCGAAAAAGUGAUGAAGUGAAGGUGAGGAUAGUUUCAUUGGUACAUUUUGUUACGCUAGGGGUUCUAUAACCGCUUUACUCUCACCCGCCAUUAUGCAAGGUUAUGUUAGGGUCACGUUAAAAGAAAAAAAAAUGUGUUAAAAAAAAUCUUAAAUGAGGAGCUGUACUAGGACUUUGUGCCUAAAGAAUAAAACCAGUUCAGACAAGUUUUAAAAACAAAGCGUCCAAACAAAGAGGUGAAAAGCCCCGAAAAGUGCAAACGCAUUGUUUACGAAAUCGUGUGAACGCUAGUCGCUUUUCAUCAACGAAGCUCGUUUGAUGUUUGUGUUUAAACACAGGCAAGCAAGCAGGCGGAACAACCAGACUCAGCGCUACAAAACACUUCCUUCCUCACUGUUCAAACGUGAUCCUACGAGCGGUCUGCUAUGACCGGUGAGCCGAUAGGGCAACAGUUGAAGAUCAUUGUUUGUAUCAAAUAGCCCGCGUCUCUUGUUCUCAAAAACGAUUUUAUUGUUUAGUGUCGAUUUUGAAACUGUUAAGAUUUCUUUAACAGUUAAUUUAACGAAAGCUCUCUUUACAAUACUAGCCUCUUCUUUUGGAAGUUCCUGUUUUAUCUCUUGGCUUUCAGUUUAAAUCAAUUCGUCUCUCUCUUCAUUUAAUCUUCCGGUCACCCACUAAAACAUGGCGUCUCUACUCUCCUCUCACUCCUCGUAAAAUUUCCUUCCGCCGAAUAAACUGAACAUGUAUCGUGCAGAUAUGUUUGAACACCGUUACAGCAUCAAUAGUACCCACUUUUACCAAUAUAGUUGUAAUAUAAGUCCUGAUCUACUUCCACGAUGGGAAACAUUGAAUCGUAGAGACUAACCUACUGUCUUCAUGCAGCUUCAGCGCUUGUUAAUGCCCUUCAAAUAACGUAUAGUUCCUACAAGCUGGAUGGCAAAGAAACCUUCGUUCGCACGUAUGCUAUAGCGACGUGAAGCGCUUUUGAUUGAUGCCAUAGUUAAUCCUAAAAUACCAGAAAUAACCAAUUUGCCUAACCGCCGGUUCGCCAGAAUGUUAUGAGGCGUCCUAAUGGACACGACAUAGUUGUCAUACCUUUGUUGUGAAAUUGAAGUAUGGUUUUAUUUUGCGACAACUCAAGGCUGUUAGCUUUUUCACGGUCUGUCUUCACAGACAGCGAACUCCAAAGAUGUAUAAAUAAAUCAGGUGGCAGUUUUAAUGCCUAUUAAAGGGGCAAAGGUUUUUUAAUCCGAUAACACAAACACACUGUUUUCCCCCCACACGGAGGUAAAGAAAAGCAUAAGUGAAAGAAAUAAACAUCGGCAUGACACCCCAACACUUAGGCCGCGCUUGUAAUGACAGAUUUCAUUGUGAACUCUGGAGAGCAAUCCUAAUUUCAUGCAUGACAUACAAACUUUAAGCGGUCCUUUCAAAGCAAUCGGAGUGUAGACGUUGCCUUGUCACCAACCGAUCUCGAGGUUGUUGGAUGGCUUUCCCGAGCGGCUUGGCCUUUAUUGACCGUCGAGAAAAUAUCUUCUAUACCAAACUACAUAUUCAAAUGAUGAUAACAGGACUUCGAACCUUGAACUGGCUCUUAGAGAAGAGGCCAGGUCAUUUUUUUAUUAUUAUUUUACAAAUAUCCGUUUGAAAUUUUGAGUUCUUACGAAUUUUUUUUCAUCAAAACAAACCUGGUGGGUCAACUAUUGAGAACUGAUAGCUGAAAGGACCCUUGAAGCCGAAGUUUAAAUUAGUGGCGAGUAGCAAAAAUGCAAAACGUUUAUCCAUGCGUGACCAGACGACUUCAAGGCAUCAUAUCAGACUUUGUGUUAUUGUGUAUUAUAAAGUGUCAAAACUUUCGCUGUUUUCAAGCCUCGCUUGUCACAUACAUCAACCUUUCGCGGUUUUAAUAGUCGAGCAGUUAUCACCCUGUCGAACGCUCUCAUUCGCUGUCUUUCAUUCCAUGUGAAAACGAAACAAGAUGUCGAUAGAAUAACAAAAGACAAGCCAUCAGAUUUGAUCGGCGAAAACUAUCGCGUUAAAUAUCAGGGGUCUGUGGUGCUGAGUAGAUAAACUAUUUUGAUGGAAAUUUUUUUCGGGAAAGGAAUGUCACUUGCGGUUUUGCUCUGUUGAUUAAUAAAUGCCUUUGUUGGAGUCAAGCUAAAUUAUUCACGUUCCUACUUUGACUACUUUGUUGGGAUGCGUUAGUUUCUUGAUCUACGUAUUUUCAUUUGACGUUAUAUGAAAUUCUUUCCUAAAGUAAAAGCUUAAUGAUUUAAAAAUGAUUUUCAUGCGGCUAAUCAUUGUCAUGCGACUGGGUAGAUAAGUACGAGGAUCUAAUUAGCAGAUGUCAGCUUGGAGGAUGAAGCUUUUCGCCAGAACGUCACUUGCUUGACUGCAUGUUGAAAAGUGCGACAACUGGAUUGACAAACAUAGCUUCGUUACAGUUAGUUAGCUCAGACUAAAGCGUACACAUCCCGCGCGCACCGUGAACGAAAAGAGUUCGUGCCGAGCGACAUCGAAAACUGAUUAUGUUACACUGCACUUUGUUUAUUGUGCACAUGAAACCUGAGGUGGCGGCCCAAACAACUCAACUUAAGCUGUGCCAACACGCUCUGAAAUUUCUUAAGGUUUGGGAGUCUCUUUGGAACUUAAAACUGCUGAAAAGUUACUCCACGUGGGAUUAAUUUGAUAAUGAUAAAAAAAUUAUGGCUACAAAUUUGUAAUAACUCUGUCUUUUGAUAGGAAUGUUUGUGUCAUCUGCCCGGGGUGCCACAAUGUUAACUUUUUUUGUUCUCCUUGUAAUUUUGUUUCGUUAUAAAUUGGCGCCUUUGAAGGAACGCGUGAUCCCUAUGUUUGAUUUUUCUGAAAGCCUCUCUUAAGAAUUUCCUAAUUUUAUUAACAAGCCCUCGCGGAAAUUUUCUCUUGCAAAGAGGGAGCAAAUAACAGUGUCCAAUUUCAGUUGCCAAUUAUAAGUUCAGGUCUUGAAUUCACCUCUCUUCGCCCGCCGCAUCACGUACUUAAUUUGCAUGAGCAAAUCAGAGAUCUUUAGAUUAAGCACAACCUGUACGUUUAGUCUACGACGCACGCCUUUCGUUGUAAACGAGCUUUUGAAAAGUGCUGAUGAUAAUAACUUGCAAAACAACAGGCAGACAUGUACGGACAGGCGCGUAAACACUGCUUGGCAUGCUGUUACUACUGUCAGCAAACACACGAACACGCUCGCCGCAAAUUGAUCAGGAUUACGCUCGCGAUCGGAUUUUGAAUAGCUUGCAACUUUAGCUCACUUUAAUGACAAUGAACUUCACAGCAAGCACUGACAAGUACACAGUAUCUUGUGCGGUUUCAAGCAUGUUCGCUUGGAUAUGUUGUUUUCAGCCGAAUGUCGGUGUUCUCCGCCUUUCUGACAGCUUUUGACAAAAGGCGUCACGUUUCUUCGUUAUCAAACAGACAAGGAAAUUGAUAGUGAAACACAAUCCGUCAAAAUUACUUUCAAUUUACGACAAAUUCAAUAACGGCAACCAAAACAAAAAUGAGCAGACAAGGCGCAAUUUUUUGGAUGUAAUGACUUUAAAUCCAAAUUGACCUACCUGUUUUUACAUUUUCUUUGUUUCAGCUGUAUUUGAGUUUUUAACACGUUUAUUAAGGUUCAUUUUAUGUUGUUAUAGAAAGCCUUUCCCAGGCAGGAACACUACAAAGCCAAUUAACAGCAGGUGUUAGAAAGCUGUCAAUCAAAGUCGACAAUGGGUUGUUUUACAUACUUCCCAACGCAUCGAGACAUUUGAAAAUUGUUUUGUGUUCUAAUUAAACGGGGGUGUGAAAUUUGAAACAUGCAUGCUCGGAAACCAUGCCUAUCGCAAGCCCAAAACGUGUUUUUAAUAAACUGCCAUUCAUUCGGGGCUUUGGUUACACGUUAGAAAUUGCACUCGAUUACUUUGUUGUAAGCUUUUGAAAAGGAUGACACGCCCCAGAUCCUGCGUAAAGAACCACGAUGGCUUAGACAAUGGAGAUUGAAAUGUUUAGACAUAUUAUUUGGCUUGGCGGAUGAGAUGUGUCCUGAUUGGUCGGUCAAGCUAAUUGGUUCCACCAGGUAUUAUUGAAAAGUGGCUGGUUUUAUGAAAAUACCCAGGAGAAUUGACUAAUGGCUUUGCCUCCGUUCCAAAGUACUUUGCGUUGUUCUAUUUUAAGGGAAAAAGCUUAUUAAGGUUUGAGAUGCCCUGUCAAGUCAAACACUAAGCUAAGUCCUUCCUGAAUAAAUUGACUUUUUCUAAACCUUCCUGUAAGAGAGAAUUAUUUUUCUUACAUGCUCGGUGAUCCUGAUCAACAUUUGAACUCUCAAUCACUCGUUACGUGACAAGGGCCCAUGGAGAUUUUGAAAGGUGAUUGACAGACUUGUGGCCAAAAGCCACGAGACAGGCUUGACAAUUCGUUACUAGUUGUGUUGACGGCCGUACACAUCUUUUCCUUACAUACAGUUGACGGGUUGUAAGUUUAGAAAGCUAUCCAACUGUGUCAGUCCUAAACUGAUUGUCAGAAUUCGGGAUUAAACAUUUGCAGCAAUUUUACGAUAACAAUCCUCCACAAAGCGGCUCGUCACCCUGGAGUUGAGUGAAUAAGCAUCGUAUGGCACAACGGGUCAGUAACCGAGCGUUCCGUUUGCCCGUGAUGCCGGCUUCUGGCGGUGUGUGUGCAUCAUUUUAUGCUUGUUUAGCGCUGCUGUUACGCACUGUCUAGCAGGAGACGUAAGCAACAGCUGACAUGAUCGUUUAAUUUUGCAGCCUUAUGAUGAAGUGGGCUCUUACGCGAUGGACGUUGCAACCUCAAUGUACGAUCACAGUCGCUCAGCUCAGAUGCAACACAUGAACCACACGAGCGCUACCUCGCCGUACCAUCACACGCCAGCCUCUGGAGGAGGAGUGUCGAAUGCGAUGAGCGCCGUUUCUGAUAUUCAUAAGAGAGAUAAGGAGUUAAUAUAUGGGUAUGUACGUUACGAUCGCCUCUCAGCUCAGAUUUGCAUGUCAUGCGACUGAAAUGUAUCACUCACGAUCGACUGUAUCUAAGAAUCUCGGUGAUCACUGACAACCGCGCAAACUACAAAUAGGUAAAGUUACACAUGACGGUCACAGAGCACACGUCUAAGCGAUUUACAGCAAGACGUCCUGCAGGAUCAUGAUCACAAGUUUUUUCAUUUGCACCGCGGUAAAUGAACGCUUAUUAACUGAACUCUAUUCAUUAACAUGAAUGCUCUAAUUCCAGGCAUUCACUGUUCCCUCUUCUGGCACUCAUCUUCGAGAAAUGCGAACUGGCAACGUGUACUCCUCGGGAGCCCGGAGCUGUCGGUGGGGACGUGUGCUCGUCCGCUUCGUUCAACGAAGAUAUCCAGGUAUUUUCGAAGCAGGUAUGUUCACAGUUUCUAAUCCAGUAGUUACAAUUAUCCCCCAGGCCUUUAGGGGACGGAUAUCCAGUGAUAUACUAGUCUGACGUGAUCGUUCAAAACCGUUCUUGAAGUGCAACAGUUUUCAUUCUCGAGUCACACACUAGGAUGAUCUAGCGAAAUCUCAUAAUGGUUUCCGUUUGUUGUUGUGUUUUCAGUUCAGGAGUGACAAGACGAUUUUCUCGUCCAACCACGAAGUCGACAGUUUGGUAAGUGUUGUUUUCGUUUGUUUUCAACAAACCGUAAGCUAUCAUUUCAAAGGUGGACGUGUUAAAAUAUUAAUACGAACCCGGUUGAUUGAAUUUAAAUAACACAAAAUGUUGCCACAUGCUUCGAUGCCUUUAUACGUUGAUUUAUACACGCACAGCAGUCAUUUGGGGCUUUGUAUCACCCCGGUGUCGCGAGCUGUAGCAUGACGGAAUCCUGCUUUUUCUCUGUUUUUUUUUGCCAAUUUUUGGGUUCUUUCUAUUCUAGAUGAUUCAAUCGAUCCAAGUCCUGAGAUUUCACCUCCUGGAAUUAGAAAAGGUAAGAAAAUAUUUAUUUAAGUUGAUUCGCGGGUGUCAUUUUCUAGUCAGCCGUGAGCAGUCACAUAAAAGCUUGUUGAGCAAGCGGAAAGGUAAAGAGAAUUUCUUUAGGCUCUGCGAGGCCCUCAGAUAUGUGUAUAUAAGCAAAAAGGCUCCAGACAUUUUUCAGACGAGAAUUUGCAUAAUGCAUAUAUUACGCUUAUCUUUAGUUAGAAAUUUAAUCUCGUGUUGUCAUUUGCUUUUAUUCGAUGGAUUUCAAAGGUAUUUCUUCGAGCUAACACUACAGUCAAGUUUAAAUUAGGGGAAGUCGUUCCUGUUGUUAAAACAAAAUCUAUAUAAUCCAAUUCAGAUCUUGUGUUCUUCCUUUAGGUGCACGAGCUGUGUGACAACUUCUGUAAGCGCUACAUUUCCUGCCUUAAGGGGAAAAUGCCCAUUGAUCUUGUUAUGGACGAGAAGGAAAAUAUCGGCAAAAGCAGAAGCGACAGCGAUACUUUGGACAUCGAUUCACCGCCAGAAAGCGCCCUGCCACAGGUACUGUAAUCUGAUGUGUCAUGUAUUGCGACCGAACGCCACGCUAUCGCCCCGUUUUCUUAUGGUUGUUUUUUCAUCUAGUAGAUGGCCUUCGUGGAGGUGUAAAUUUCUUUCACAACAUCACAUUAUCAUCUAAGUGGAUGAAUGGCUAUUAAUAAGUCGCGCGAGGAUGAUACCGCACGGUUACUGUACUGUCUUGGCAAUCUCGCGAUAGAAGUGAAUUGCCUGCAGCGCGACCCAGGGCGAACGGUUCAGGACUUGAUUGAUGAACACUGACUGCAGUAUUUACGUUGCGCCCCGCGGCGAUGUUUUCUAAACUUUCAUUGUCCAAUAGGUUGAAUGGGAAAGUAAAAACAAAUUGUUGUGUGGUUACUGUAUUUAAGACGGCUCGUACAACAAGCCGUCACAAGAAGUCACCAAAAGUCAUCUAGUAAACCAUCAAUUGGACACUUGUGAUGGUGUUAUAUUUUGUCAAGUUGAGAGAAGUUUUUAUUGAGCCUAGACAGCUAUUUUGGCGGAUUGACGUGUUGAAAAAAGGGUUCUUUCGUGUCCCAAACACUGGGCAUUUAUCUAAGAUCAAUUUCACACCUCUACGUUUUCAACCUGACAAAAUCACUAACAAUUGAAUGGUUACCUGUUUUCACCUUAGACAGGUAAAACAACCGCGCUCUUAGACAGAGUCCGGGAGAAAACAACGAUAUGGCGGAUUAACUUGUAAAAUUAUUAGCGCGGCGGGCCUAUUUUCUUGUAGAUGGGAUUUUCGUCAAUUACCUCUUCACAAUCACUAGUGACAAAAACUGUGUUAGGUGUCGAAACUUUUACACCUCUCGCUUUGCUUUUCUUAUUCACUUAGUGUCAACUAUAUGAAAGGAUUUAAAUUGUUUCUUCGCGCUUCGAGAGAUAACACAAGCAAUUCACGCGAUCGAUCGCUCAUCUUUGCGACUCUUUCCUUCGCUCAUCACAGGCAUCAAACUCCCAGAGCUGGCAACCCGGUCAAGGAGAUGAGGCCACCGGUUCAGGCUCCAAUUCUCAAUCAUCGUCCCGACCACCGUCCAACUCUGGGGUCGAUGGACCUACAACUCCGGAAGGUGAGGAAAUGACUAAAGCUUUUAUUAAAAGCGACAUUUCUAUCACUUCUUUAUUAAAUUGUUUCCGUAUUCGAUGUCUUUUUAAUAAUGUCUUCAGUAAUACAUCACUAAAACGAGAAUUUAUCGGGGGUUACUGUUUUAUCGCGCUUUUAUUAUGCUAAACGAGUAGCUCUUGGCCAUUGUUUUAAUCCACGUUGGCAAUUAUAUAAAGAGUGGGAUUGAACAGAGAAAUUAUUGGUUCAGCCCUACGUCUAUUCUUGUGGGCUUUUAUUGAGUUGAAAGCUUUAUGUCUCUGUUGACACAGCUGCAUAAAGGCUUUCUUUCUGUUGGUAAUUAAAAAGAAUAUCACUUUACGCGUUUUACGACGCUAAAGGAUAAGGCAUAUGCAAAUUCUGCUGCUUCUUCCUCAUAUGCAUACGUUUAUAGUCAUUAUGUGUCGUUUGCUGGAACAACCAAAACACCCUGUGUGUGAGACUUUGUUACGAACGCUUUUGUGAUUUUUUUGUCUGCAAUGAUAAACAGACCAUGAUCGAUAAAGAGGUUCGAAAUGAGCCCUAAAAAGUUCACGGAUAGCUUAUCGCGUGCUUCUCAUUCGGUGAACGCCUUCUUUUGAUUGCGAGGUGACAAGAAUAUUUUCUAGUACAAACAUCACUAAUUGUCAAAGAAAAGUUACAAUUAAGGUGAAGGGAACGGCGCAAAUUUUUUUCCUUUCCAACACUAGUUCGCUUUGUGUAUUCAAACAAAGGGAAAGAAAAGAAUUUGUAGGAAUUAUUUUGACAAUGAAGAGACGAUAAAAUUAACAGCUAGUAACAGAUGUGCCAUUUUCGUUUACAAAGUGUCAAACAUGAAGCUUUCUAAAAGAUGAAAACUGAAGCAAUCAUUUCUAAUGGACAAAAUAAUAUUUAUAAAAUAGUAUUCGCCUGUCAAAAAGGAAGACUCUUUGUGAAGUUCGGCUGCGUUCUAAUCAGUAAUUUUUCUCCUAGGAAUAGAUUCAAAUGUUAAUUAACCGCAGGACCUUGCCAGUUAUUCGAGCAAUUUUGACAAGAGCUUCUUGUCUUUAUGCGACGUAAGCUUUCACUGUCAAGAUUUCAUAUAGCUCACUUAAGUUGGAAAAUGUGUGUAUUUUAAAAAUAUUGAAGCCGAUAAUAGCUUGCCUUUCAUUUAAGUGCAUGUGUACCAUCCCUUUCUGUCAUUGUCUCAAUUCUUGACAGUAUUUCUUGAUUCUUUGAUAAAUCUGACAAGAUAGCCUCUUGCAAUUUCCUCCAGUAAUUUCCUGAAGUAGUGUCAACCAAUAAUUCAUUAUGCUUUUGUCGUCACUUAUAUCUACAAUCUCCGGGGUUUAGUUUCGGGAUUCUAGGAGUGAAAAACAAAGAAGAACAAGCUCUCGCAAAUUAGUGCGCGCCACUUCUCGUUGAGACCUUCUCGCCUCCUCAAUCGUUAACUUUUCAAAACUUUUGUUAUCGUCAAGUGGUUUUGGAACUUCUAAUUUCUAUGUGCUCUCGAAGAUGCCUCAUGGAAAACAAUUUCAAGAGCUUUAUUGCUGUCACGAGCGAAUACCAGGUGAAAGAAGAGUAACAUGAAUUAGUAAGACUAAGGGCUGUUGUAAGUAUUUAAGUGAACCUGAUGGCUUUUGUCAGCAUCCAAGUACUAGGGGUGUCAAAUUUCAAGGAUCUAUCUGUAGUAGAUUCUCCUCAUGGUGGUGAAAUUCUAGUCUUUUAUCUUGCCAUGCCCCUUGAACAAAUUAAUUAAGCUCAAAUAACGCAGACUUUAGGCUUCGCCAGCCAUACUCUUUCUUAUCAGCUUGUUGAAGGUAGUUUAAAUCGUGCUCAAAUUCCGCAUCUUGGUUUGGGAGCUUUUAGAGAUAGAAAACAAAGCCAUAAAAGCGCGGUGAUAGCGUCCGAUUAACUUAAUUGCUCCUUGUCAAAAAAUUGAAAGCAAGACCUUUCCUCUAGAAUCGACUGGACAUUUUUUAAGGAUUUUACCCUUACUUUGGUUAUAAAAUUUCAUCAACAAAGUCGAGAUUCUCGAUUGAAAAGUGCUUCGUGAAAGCGAUCUUUGGUUAAUCCUUAGUUUAGGUCGAUGAAUGUUUCUUCUCGAGUGACAAAUGCACGCAUGUACGCUAAGAGGGAUUUAGUUUUUACUGCCUUUAAUAAUCCGGUAGGCUUAAGCGCCAACCUGAUUGCUUCUCAGCAUGCGUCUUGUGUCGCGCGGUGGACGCUCUCCCGUGUUAUUUUUCUUAUCCUGUCUUUAGCUCCAUUCAAUUUCCAACCAGAUGUUUGCUUGUGUUUCGCCUCAUUUUCAUAUAGAUGUCAUUUUGAGAGAAAGAAAAUUUGACUUGGAGUAUUUAUCAUUCUUUCGUAAUGUUUACUUAAUCCAAGACACUGAGCUAACAUUUCCUCCUUUUUCCACCCACUAUUUACAUUGCCGCUUCUUAAGAGGCAUAAUGUGGCAGGCGAUGCUGCGAAAAAAGUGACUGGGGUAAAGCGGUGAGACUCGACUGCGGGGUGGGGCGUUCUGAGAACCAAAACACUCUCACCCUCGUUAACUGCAGGAAAAUCGUUCCACCCUCUCUAUUGUUUUCUCCAGAAGUUUAAGUCAACAAAGCAUAUCACAAGUCUCUUAUCGCAGUCAUCCUUUCGAUGGGAAGUUGGAGUGUUUUCACUAAUAUGUAUUUGAAGGAAAUGGGUUGUCUUGUCUUGAAUGACACCAAUAACGCUAUUUCGAAAAGUUCUGGGAAUAUGUCAAGUAGGUCUUUGUGAUUUUUGACAGGAAACUAGAGUAGCAGGUGUUGCUGUAAGCCUCUUCUCUUUGGCAGAAGCCAGAGAGUGUUAACCUUCUAGCCUCCACAAGAAAAUUAGGCUGUCACAACUGCCUUAAUCCUUCUUGUAUGCAAAACUAGCUGUCCGUGCUAUUUAACUCAUUCAAGUGAAUGAGGGGAUAAAAAUUGCAAAUGUGAUCGUCUUAACAACGUGUCGUAUUCAUCACUGUCUAUUUCAAUAUUCUCUCAGUGCUACGUGUAACAGAAUAAGGUCUUUGAAGUGGCUCUCGGUAACGACAGUAUUUUCUAAAGAAAACAUGGCCUGCCUCUUCAUUUCAGACCCUUCGUUAAACACGUCUGUUGGCUCGGAAGAUGGAAACGGUGACAAUACGGACGACGAACAAUCGAAGAAAAGCCAGAAGAAAAGAGGAAUAUUUCCCAAAGCAGCAACUAACAUAAUGAAGGCCUGGCUUUUUCAACAUUUAACGGUAAGAUAUUUUGUGUCUUUAAGGGUUAGUUCGGAUUUAUUGGUGAACAAAUUCAAAUGAAAACUAAAUUGCCAGUGUUUCCAGUUUGUGUCAAGACUAUACAGGGUUGUUUGUUGCUUUGAACCAGAACAAAACAGGUCGCCUGUUUGAUCCUUCUUCACGCUUAGUGUAAGCUCGGUUUCUUCUCCGUUACACACAUAUAAAAACGUUUUAAUUUCUAUUCUUCUUUUGUGGCCUCAAGGGAUAACUGAACCGUAAUAGGCAAAUUUUUAGUAAGCUCCUUGAACCGUGUGGGUGUUUGAUUCUUGAGAGCAGAGGAACUCAUAAGAAACUGGUGGGGACAUUGAUCUCUCUGGCACCAGUUUGUGCCUCCUUGCGUUUUAUAACCUGUCUCACGCAAAGUAACUGCCUGAGCACCGUGAAUAAAAGGUCAUAAAUUUAUUUUUUCCGUUUCUCGUUUACGAUGUUUGAUCCUUCUUCAAGAAAUAGAGACAAACCUCUCUAAGGGAUUAAUUUCCCUGCGUUAUUAAAACCGACACUUUCUUUUGCUACAUAUUCCGACCAAAUCUUUUUGUCUUCCAUCUCAAUUGUUUUAGUAAAUCAUGGAAUAAACGAGUUUUAAUAACUAUCACUUUUAGCAUCCAUACCCAUCCGAGGAACAGAAGCGAUCCUUGGCUCAGGAAACCGGACUUACUAUACUACAAGUUAACAACUGGUGAGUCGUUGAUCUUUCAUCCACCAAAAUAUCAUAAAUGCCAGCUAUUGUUCUCUCAUAGCUCGAAACUCUUUUAUUAAAGGCACAGAAAUAGAUAAACACCGAAAAAAAAAAUUAUCAUUGCUGCUUUAACAUUAAUUUCCCUGUGUCAUUAGUUGACUUCCUCUUGUUAGCUGAUGCCGGAAAGUUUUGCCAAGACGUUUGUUGAUUUCUUGCGACAUUUUUGUAACAGGAUGUUACAACUGCUUCGUAUAUUUGGCAGGUUCAUCAACGCGAGGAGACGUAUUGUUCAACCGAUGAUAGAUGCCUCAAACAGAGCAGGAAAGUCACCGGUUGUCACUGUGUUUAAGUCAAGACGACGGAAGAACUCUCUCGGUCAAGGUCUUCCUUCACCGGGACCGAGAUUCGGUCCUCCAGGAGCACCCCCAGGAUAUUACCCAGAUCAGCAUCACCCACCUCCUCAUCCCAACUACCCGCACAUGGACGGUGGAGUUCCACAGCCCCCGCACUUUGGACCAAGAGGAUAUAUCCCAACAGGCGAUCCCUCAGUUAGUGGAGUGGGUACAAUACCCCCUAUGUCAGCUAUGACUGGAGGACCGCAUUCUAUGCACGCACAAAUGCCCGCACACGCCUACAGAUCGCCAAUGCCUCCAACUUCGGUUCAUCAGGCGCAACCCAUGUACAUCCCUGGUCACCCCCAUGCUAUGAUGAUGCCCCCACCGGGGCACCCGCACGCUCAUCCACAUCAUCCUCACCCUGGACACCCUGGCCAUCCGGGACUACCUUCCACACAAACUUCACCCACUUUAAUUUCGUCAGAAAAUGUGUUGACAAUGUCACAGCCCGUCAUGGACAUGCACUCGAGUUAAAAGAAAUAUGAACAGAGUUAACAGAUCCUUCAUUAGCUUGUUAUGUUUCGCGUUGAACGUCAAUAAUACGCUUAGUCAAGUAUUUUUAGACAUUUGGAAAGCAAAAAGAAUAGAAUUAUUGAUUAUAUUCCCGCAAAGUUUGUAAAACUUUCGGUUUAUGAAGAUUUUAUAGGAAAAAUUCAAUGAAUAGAUAUGUGUCGUUAUAGAGAUCUAUUAAACGUGCUUCCCUGUCGUGUGAUGAUUGCCGCCUAUGCUCUUCCUUUCAAAAAGGAGAUUUCAGAAAAUUUUAAAAAAUGAAGACACUUUUUGUAUGAUUUGAAAGCAGUUUCUCCAAGAAAGGUGUUAAUGUUGAUAUGAUGUACCAUAUUUCAGUAAUAACGACAGUUUCUUAGUAUUUUGUUUAUAUGUGAUGCUAUUUUGUAAAUGCAAAUAGAUAGACUUUUAAAAUUAAUCCAGAUAUAUAUAUACAUAUAUAUAUAUGAUCAUGAUUGAAAAUUAUGUAUUUGUUAAUGAGAAUUGAAAGAAGACACGAAUAUAAAUGCUCGCUCAAUGCUUCGCGAGACUUUGUUCUGUACUGAGUUUUCAGUAGUCUCUUGGUUUUUACAGUUAGUACCUUGGUGUUCCCUUCAUUCUGCUUUGAAAAAAGCCACGGUUCCCAGAAUUACUAAAGAUAUGAGUCCUAUGAAAACAAACCGCCUCCUUUGUGGUUUAAUUCUGCUAGCAAUCAAAAGUUUUUCUUUUCUGAACGAAUCCCACAAACCAACCCACCGAGGGACAAACACUCAGAACAACGAAAAGGAAGG